AUGGGGAAAUUCCCCCACCUCCCCCUGGCCUUCGCGCCAUCCCGGACCGGACCCCUGAGCACCACGACACCGUGCUCAUUCACCCCCAAAUCCACAUCCGCCCAGCAGAUCCGUCACGCAACCUUCAUCCCGCGGCCCCGUCGCCCCUACACCUUCACCCAGCUCGUCCAGCUGACCGACGGCUCCACCUACACCAUGCGCACCACCUCACCCGCGCCCAUCUAUCGCGCCGCAAAGGACACGCGCAACACCCUGCUCUGGCAGCCCAGCGAGAAAUCCCUGCGCAACGUCGAGCUUGACGAGGCCGGCAAGCUGGCUGCUUUCCGAGAACGUUUUGGCCGCGGCUUUGACGCUUCCGCGGCUAGUGGGGAGGAAGGCGCCGAGGAGAAGGACGCCGACAAUGACUUUGCCGACUUGAUUGCGGGCUAUGCGCCGCAGGAUGCGGGCGCCAUGAAGGAUACGGGAAAGAAGAAGAAUCCUACGAGAAGAAAAUGA